AUGGGAAAGAGGCAAGUGUGGGAAAGAGGCAAGUGUGGUGGGGACGACGACGACGCAAGUGUGGUGGGGACGACGACGACGACGCAAGUGUGGUGGGGACGACGACGACGACGACGACGCAAGUGUGGUGGGGACGACGACGACGACGACGCAAGUGUGGUGGGGACGACGACGACGACGACGCAAGUGUGGUGGGGACGACGACGACGACGACGCAAGUGUGGUGGGGACGACGACGACGACGACGCAAGUGUGGUGGGGACGACGACGACGACGACGCAAGUGUGGUGGGGACGACGACGACGACGACGACGCAAGUGUGGUGGGGACGACGACGACGACGACGCAAGUGUGGUGGGGACGACGACGACGACGACGCAAGUGUGGUGGGGACGACGACGACGACGACGCAAGUGUGGUGGGGACGACGACGACGACGACGCAAGUGUGGUGGGGACGACGACGACGACGACGACGACGCAAGUGUGGUGGGGACGACGACGACGACGACGCAAGUGUGGUGGGGACGACGACGACGACGACGACGCAAGUGUGGUGGGGACGACGACGCAAGUGUGGUGGGGACGACGACGACGACGACGACGCAAGUGUGGUGGGGACGACGACGACGACGACGACGCAAGUGUGGUGGGGACGACGACGACGACGACGACGCAAGUGUGGUGGGGACGACGACGACGACGACGACGCAAGUGUGGUGGGGACGACGACGACGACGACGACGCAAGUGUGGUGGGGACGACGACGACGACGACGACGCAAGUGUGGUGGGGACGACGACGACGACGACGACGCAAGUGUGGUGGGGACGACGACGACGACGACGACGCAAGUGUGGUGGGGACGACGACGACGACGACGACGCAAGUGUGGUGGGGACGACGACGACGACGACGACGCAAGUGUGGUGGGGACGACGACGACGACGACGACGCAAGUGUGGUGGGGACGACGACGACGACGACGACGCAAGUGUGGUGGGGACGACGACGACGACGACGACGCAAGUGUGGUGGGGACGACGACGACGACGACGACGCAAGUGUGGUGGGGACGACGACGACGACGACGACGACGACGCAAGUGUGGUGGGGACGACGACGACGACGACGACGCAAGUGUGGUGGGGACGACGACGACGACGACGACGCAAGUGUGGUGGGGACGACGACGACGACGACGACGCAAGUGUGGUGGGGACGACGACGACGACGACGACGCAAGUGUGGUGGGGACGACGACGACGACGACGACGCAAGUGUGGUGGGGACGACGACGACGACGACGACGCAAGUGUGGUGGGGACGACGACGACGACGACGACGCAAGUGUGGUGGGGACGACGACGACGACGACGACGCAAGUGUGGUGGGGACGACGACGACGACGACGACGCAAGUGUGGUGGGGACGACGACGACGACGACGACGCAAGUGUGGUGGGGACGACGACGACGACGACGACGCAAUGUCGGAGCUGGGCCAGGACGACCGUGCGUGUUCCGGUAGAGCACGCCAGCCCGUGAAGCCACGAGUGUGCGCCCUGCGGCCCGGCGAGUCCCAUUGA